GUUAAGUAUUUCUUCACAGCAACACUCAUUCUGUAUUGUCAAAAAGAUAAAUAGAAUAAUUUCUCUGUAAAUGCUUUAAAAUCUAAAAUUAAUCCUUUUCAGGCUGUUUCUUAGUAAUUAAAGAUGUUGAAAUUAAGCGGCCUAGUGAUUUGGAGGUUAGGUUCAAGGGCAGCAGUAAGGAAAUACUCAAAUCCUAGCGCGACAGUAUUCAAAACUGAGAAACUAGAUGUGGCUACUAACUUAGCUGAUAAGGGCGCACACCCUGCAACAGCUGACGAUAAAGAAAAUGCAGGUCUUGUAGCAGCAGCAUUCGCUUCCCUUCAAAACAUAGAUGUUGUUGAUGAAACAAAGAAACCAAGUCCAAAAUCAGUAAAGCAUAGUCGCUCGGCUCAGAUAGACAUGCAGAUAACGAAGGCGACGGACCUGAACAGCUUGUUGCUGGUCGCCGAGAAUCCUGUGGUGUCCAGAAGGCAUGCUCUUAAGAUAGUCUCCAUCCUAUCGGAAUGGUCAAGUAACAACAAGGUGAACCUACCGGAGUUCGAAAAGGACCCUCGCUUCCUCAAACUGUGCCGUAUACUGGCCCGUUCCACUACUGCCCAUGCUAUGAACUCACUGUCCAUGGCUGAGGAUCUCAGCACAGUUCUCGGUAUCACGGGGGAUGAUGAGGCAGCCAGACUGAUCACCAAUCUGACUCUGGGGCAGAUGAUUAAGGUAAUGAAAGCCCUCCAGCACAAAGGCCGGCGCAGCACGCCGCUGCUGCGCGCUCUCUCACACAACAUCACCAACCAGGCGGAGGUGAUUGACCUCAAGAAGUCAGCUGAUCUCCUCUACGCUAUGGCUUCUCUGAACUUCCCGGACCCAGUACUGCUUGAUAGGAUAUGCAAUGACAUAAUAGAGAGCCUCCCCUCCAACGAGGACAAGCCGGCCGUAGUGAACUCCAUCACGGUGUCGCUGGGGCUGCUGCGCUGGCGCCACGAGGCGGCGCUGUGCGCGCUGGCGGGCUGGCUGCAGCGGCAUCUGCGCAUGUGCCGGGCCAGCGACCUCGCCUCCGCCAUCGUCACGCUCGCCACUGUCGACUACAUGCCGCCCGAUAAGGCUGCUGUGGCCUUGCUGAAGUCAGCCCUAUCCCUAAAAGAGGAGGAGAUGGCCAAGUCCUCUUCGUGGCUGGACAUGGUGUUCGCGCUGCUGACCCUCGGCAAGGCGGAGAGACAUCAUCUGGAAUCCACGCUACAGCCCGAGUUCAUUGACAAGCUACUGUCUACAGGCGAGAUCCCGAUCCCGAGCCGGCGCAAGCUGAUGAUGAUCGACGCGUACGUGCAGCUGCGGGCGCCGGGCGGCCCGCGCCUGCCCGACCACGUGUCCGGGGGAGUGCCCGUCCUCUACACCAAGGACAAGACGCUCUUCGUGCAGAGCAUCAUGGACACCUUCAAGAGCUUGGUCUCGGCUGAUGCUUUUCUGAAGAGAGAGUGUAAUUCCGGCAUGGGAUUCUUGUAUGAUGCUGAAUUUGCAGUAGACGCCAAAUGCCACCCCAUACCUUUAGAGAAAGCUGUUAAUAACAAAAGCGUAUUCCGGAUAGCCGUGCUAGGACUAGACUACCACGACAUGACGCGCAAGACUCCCGUCCCGCUCGGCGUCAUCCAACUUCAUAAACGGCUACUCGAACUUAAGGGCUUCAAAGUACUUCAAAUUCCAUACACAGAGUUCAAUCCCAAAGACAAACUGUUGACCAGAGUGCAAUACAUCGAGAAGAGAUUAAAAGAAUUAGUGAGCAGUAAUCAGGCGUAGUUCUAAUGUACAUAAUGUAUAUUGUUUGUAUGUAUGUGGGUGGAUACAAAGGCGAGGUCAGACGUUUUGAAGUAACAUUGUUCUGUUUUAUAGAGCUGUCAUUAUGAUAAAGUGCUGUUGUGAAGAGGGAUAGCAGUAUACAGCGUUGAGCGCCAUCUCGCGCCCACAACAGAAAGAGUUCUGGUUUAAAUGUAAUGUAAUCAUUUAUUUUGUUUGUAGGAUAUAUCAUAAAUUUUUCGUGUCCGUUUUUUUUUUUGAGAACAUUAAUCGAUAUUUUGAAUCUGACUAGCCUGUUGAAACAAACUCAGCGGCCGCAAUCUCCUUUAAAGUUCAAACAUUUUAAAUGCAAGUGUGUAUAAAUGCAAUGUAUUUCUUUGGACUUACAAAAGGAGAAGUGUUUAUAGUAUAUCCACGAGACCUAAAACAUUGUUUACUAACGAAUGUUUCUACAUUGAUGUAUUUUGCUUAAGAGACUAGCACAAGUUUUUUGUUAUAAAAAGAGAAUGCUAGCAGCAGCUUAAUAAAGUCAAAAGCUUUACGUGGCGUCUUUUCUGACCUAUAUUUUCAUAUUUAUGUCACAUCAUUCACACCAUCGCGUUGGUAAAACUGUUACGUAAAGAUGGUGGGUUAUAAUCUGAACGUAUCAUUAUGGUAGUUUAAAGAUGCGAUAAGCUAUGAGUAUACAUAGAAAUAAAUUUAUAUAGACUUGCAUACUUUAUAUAUAAAAAUAAAUCUAUAAAGACAGCUCUGUUGAUACAGAACAAUGAUUUUAUCACGUCUUAAUAAACCCCGCUGUAGGUAUUUAAUACGUGCCGAACGUCAGGUGUGUGAAUGAUACGAACGAAAAUGAACCUUACUACUACGAGAUAAAGAUGAAAAAUGUUUGCAUUCUUAACAAAAUUCUGCGCGACGCGAAUGCGAUUUCGAAACUCCUUAGACGUCUUUAUUCUAACGCAGUAAGGUUGAUUUUCGUUUAUUCAUGUUACCUCUGACUUACGAUGAAUCAUACUUGACUUAAAAUAAGCUUAAAAGCACUCGCAUCUGAUGAUAACAUUCUAUCGAUUAAAGGUCUUAGCACGAAUGCUGUAGAAAAAUAUUCGUAUUGAAGCGACAUAAUUUGAAUAUUAAUGUUUGGUAUUUGUAAAAAUGUUAGAUAUACGUCGUUCUGUUAGCAACAUAAGUCGGAUACCACAAUAUGAUGUCCAAAAGAGCAAUAUUUAUUGUGACAUGAAGGAAUCAGAUUUUAUGAGGUUUUGAUUAUAUUAAUUUUCCUGCCUAUUUUGAAACCUAAUAUAUGCCAAUAGUAGUGGCUUUGCGGUUAUAUGUAAUGCAUGAGUUGCAGGUUCGAUCCCAAGGCAAGCAAUUAGUCAAGUACCAAUAUUUAGUUAUUCUAAGACAGUUCUGAUAAACAGUGACUGAAUGAAACGGAAACCUGGAUUCUUUCAGUUCUCUUUGGAAUCUGCAAUCGCCAACCCGCAAACCUAGCGUGAUGGUUAGGUCGCAGCCAGGUGCGACAGGCUAUAGGACAUCUAUAGGCUGUUAUUAUGUAUGGACAUAUACUACAUAUAUAUGUACCUAUAUAUAUCAACAGUGACGAAUAUUUAAUUGUGUUUUACGACUUCUCUUGCUGACCGUACGAUAACGACCGUACAGCCUUUGUUCUGAUUUAAUAAUUGUAUCAGUAAUAAAGGAAUGGAGCGGACAUUAAUUGUUACAAUAUUCUUUCAGAGCAGUCUCGCUUGUUAAUCGUUUGAUGUUGUUAGAUUCGGUUUAUGUCAAGUUAGUAUGUAAUACUUACCAUUCGAUUUAGAACCGUAUUAUUUAUUAGUUAAUUGUUGACUGGGUAUGAAACAAUAGAAAUCUGUGGAAUAUGUUGCCUGGUCUGUGGAAGUAUUUGAAGAAUUGAUUGCUAAGUGUGGUGUAAACUUAACUUGAACCUGCUAGGUGCGUGCCGGACUCGCGAAUCUGACGGUUUUAUAUAAAAAGGCUAAAGAGAAACUGAUUUGCAAAAUCCUUAGGGUCUGAAACUCUAAAAAAAUUUAAAAUACUAAAAUUUUAUGUUUAGUAAAAGGUCAAAACUUUCCUUCAUUGAUUUAAAAUAGGUGUCUAUAACAUAAAAAUAAUCAACUUAAAAAUGCGUUCGAAGUUUAAUACUGUAUUCAGUGCAAUAUGGUAACAGCAUAGCAAUGGAGGGCGUUUUCAAUUGACAUAUAAAUAACAUUCAGAGAUAUAUAACUUAUUUCCAAAUAAAUCUUAUUCAGAUAAUUUUCUGCAGGCCAGUCAAGUAUUUAUCACAAAAUAGAAAGAUUUUGUAUAUAUUUAUCCUCUUAAAUUCGAUGUUUUUUAAUGAAUUCGCCAACGAACUAAACUAACGAACGCUAGAAGGAUAUUUAGAUACAAACAUCAUUGAAUGACAAAUGUAUGAUGUGUGAGAAUGUGUAGAUACGGUUGUUAAUAUUAUUUAAAUAAAACAGAUUAACAAUA